GGCAGAGCAGGGCACAGUCGAAGCUGGUCCCCCACACCUGGUCGACAUGAAGAUCGCGGCUGUAGUAGCAGUUGUUGCGGGCUUCUGCCUCCUAGCAGUGAGCGGUGAGCCCGAGCCUGAGGCUGUUGCUGGCUACGUGGGAGGGCAUCACUCAUACCACCCAGUUGUCGUGCACCCCGGGCACUACGGUCAUAACCGCUACGGGAGGAGUGCAGAGCCCGAGCCUGGCUACCUAAGCCAUGGCUAUGGUUACCAGAGCCGCCCUUACUACCACAGCUAUUCACAUCUCCACAAGAGGAGCGCCGACCCCGAGCCAGAGGCCGAAGCUGAGCCUGGCUUCAGAGCCCGUGGCUAUGGUUACCAGAGCCGCCCUUACUACCACAGCUAUUCACAUCUCCACAAGAGGAGCGCUGAGCCCGAGGCUGAUGCUGAGCCGGGUUACCCUUAUGGCGGCUCCUCACAGUACCACACCCCUACUUACUACUCUCGCGGCUAUGGAGGUUACGGUUUUAAGGCGUCGCCGACUGUUCAACCAAUGUAA